UUCUGCUCUGUCCCAUCCCUCAAUCCUAGACAAAGUUCUGAGUUCGAAACAAGCCAGGGAGCUGAAUUCUUAUGUAUGAACAAUUUCAGUAUUUGAGAGUACAGAUCUCCUGGGUGAGCAGGGGGUUGGAUUAGAUGAUCUCCAAGGUCCCUUCCAACUCUUGUUACUGUUAAACCCAGAAUAAGAGGCUUAUUAACCUGGAUGAUGAUGGAUUACCGGCUGAUUGUUCGGAGCCGAAGCAGAUCCCGGGUGGAAUUCGGCACUUCUGCGUCACCACCAUGGCCGACCGCGAGGACGUUCACGGCUUGAAAGAUGUGCUGGUCAUGUUCCAGAGCUGUCUGAACGGCAAGGAAGAAAUCCUCAUGGAUCCAUAUUUAGGGGGCUGGAAAGGAUUAGUCAGAUUUCUGAACACAAUGGGGCCAAUCUUCUCCUUUAUCUCCAAAGACGCGGUGACCAAAAUCCAGAUCAUGGAGAACUUCCGCAGCAGCGAGCAGCAGGAGGACUACGUCACCUUCCAAGCCAUGGUGAAGUACGAGCUGGCCAACGGGCUGGUGGAUCUGAGGGAGCUUGGCUCCUACCCUGCCUCAGGCUGCCGAACUAUCCUUCGCCUCCACCGGGCCCUGCGCUGGCUGCACCUGUUUUUGGAGGGCCUGAGGACUAGCGGCCCGAGUUCCAAGACAUCAACGUUGUGCACAGAUUCCUACAACGCUUCCCUGGCCAACUACCACCCCUGGAUCGUCCGCAAGGCAGCCACCAUGGCCUUCUACGCCUUGCCCACCCGCGACGCCUUCCUGGAAAACAUGAGAGUGGGUACCACCGAGGAGGCCAUUGAGAUGUUGGGGGAGGCUCUGCCCUACAUCAGCAGCGUCUACGAGAUCACCGAAAACCUCUAUGCGGAGCACAAGCUCCUCGACCUCCCCUGAGGUCCAAAGCUGAACCCAGAGCGGCAGCUCUUCCUGCUGCUGAAGCCCCCCCGGAUUGCCUCGAAAAUCAUCUCCUGCUCUUAUCAAUCAGGUUUCUUCUUGGAAAGCUUUGAGGCCUUCAAACCAUCCCUCUGUUUGGGUUUCUGGCACUGAAGCCUUUAUGCCGUUUCCCCGAUCAGAAAGCUCUCUUCCUGCCCCCUUUCCUCCUUCCAAAAGCUUUGAUCCAGAAAUGCAUCCAGUCCCUGAUCUCUUUCUUUUUCUUUCCUUCCUUCCUUCCUUUCCUUUCUCUUUCUUUCUUUUUCUUCCUUUUCUUUCUUUUUUCUUUCUCUCUCUCUCUCUUUCUUUUCCUUCCAUCCUUCUUUCCUUCCUUCCUUCCUCCCACAGCCCACCAUUACAGCCAACUCCUUUCCCGGAUGAGGAACAACUUGGAACCGUGGCAAGGUUUUCCUUUCUGCUCUUGACAACCAAUCAAUCAGUCAACCAACGCCGGAGAUGGCAGUCCUGCCAAAGUGCAGCUUUAUUCCCCCAUCCAAAACCUGGGAAAGUGCAGGCGGUAAGAGAGCGGGAGAAUUUACUUAAGUGUAAAAGGAGACACGAGAGCCGAACGACUCGCCUUGCCUGGGUUUGGUUGAGCCACCCCUCUCAUCCACAAUCAAGGGUGUGGGUUUCCAGCCCAAGAAAUGCAGUGCCUUCGACGAGGGUUUGUAUCUAGCAAACGGUUAAAAGAGCUGGAGAAAUAUGGAUGUUUUUGAUCCCCUGAGAUCGCUUUAGGGCAGGACUGGGCCAAAGGAGCCCUCCUUCUCAGCCUGUAUCUGCCCAUCUCAGUGAUGGGAAGGAUGCUGGGAAUUCUAGUUCCAACACCUGAAAGGCCACUCCUGAAAGCAGUUUUAAGAACAGAAGCACUGCUGGAUCCUCUUGCCAAAUCUACAGGUGGAGGAGGAGGAGGAGGCAGUGCCCAAAAACCCUGUGAACAAUCUCUCUUGAAGGCUGGAAGCUUAGCUAAGCGCUCUUACGACUCUUUGUCAAGGAGAGGUUUGAAGAAGGAUCCUGGGAUUAUCCACACGCUGGUUCCUUAGCAGUUGCAUCAUCGCUCAUCAACUGGAAAGCACGCAAUCUUUGGAGCGGGGAGAAAAAUAAUAAUAGCCAUGAAGACAAUCCAUUGAUUAGCACCGACAAUGUACAUCGGCAACGCCUUUUCUGCUUCCAUCGCUGUUGUUCUUGUCGUCUCCCAACACACAUCUCUUAACCUUUCUCCCUUUAUGUUGGCAGUGCACUUAAAAAGAGUCUUUUAGGGCUACACUUCCGCAGCCUCCUACUCAAGGGCAUUGGCUUGGUUCUGAAAGAGGCCUCAACCAAGCGAGACAAUCAAGACAAUUUUCUAGGGCUUCACUUCUUUUCCUUGACGGCUGAAUUAUUGGGCACACCUUGUUCCACACACUCCAAAAAAAACACACCAAAAAAAUUGUGCCGUUCAAGCAGCGCAGGGCUAUGCUAAGAGAUGAAAAAGACAGAC